AUGGCUUCGCUCGCGACCACGCCAGGCGGUGCCAAGCUCAUCGAUGGCACCGCCCUUGCCAAGGAGGUGCGCGCUCGUGUAGCUCAGCGCAUCACCGAGCUCAAGCAGCAGUAUACCUCGUUCCACCCCCAUCUCUGCAUCAUGCAGGUCGGCGCCAUGAGCGCCUCUUCCACCUACAUCAGGAUGAAGAAGCUCGCCGCCGAGGAGUGCGGUAUGCGAUACACCCAUGUGCAGCUUCCCGAGGGCACCAGCGAGGCCGAGAUCAUCAAGCGUGUCGGCGAGCUUAACGAGGACAUCAGCGUUGAUGGCAUCCUCGUUCAGCUUCCUCUCGGCAACCACAUCGACUCGGAUGCGGAGCGACGCGUGACGGAGGCUAUCAGCCCUGAGAAGGACGUCGAUGGUUUCCACGCUCUCAACAUUGGUCACCUCUCGUCCAAGGCUUGCAACCCGCUCUUCUUCCCCUGCACUCCUGCCGGCUGCAUCAAGCUUCUUGAGAAUGCCGGCAUUACUAACAUGGCCGGUCUCCGCGCCGUCGUCAUCGGCCGCUCCGACAUUGUCGGCAACCCCGUGGCUUCCCUCCUCCGCAGCCGGGACUGCACCGUCACCCAGGUUCACAGCAAGACCUCCGACCUCCAGGCUCACCUCGCUGAGGCUGACAUUGUGAUCGCCGCCAUGGGCAAGGCUCACUUCAUCAAGGGUGACUGGAUUAAGAAGGGCGCCGUCGUCAUUGAUGUCGGCACCAACUUUGUCGACGAUGCCAGCAAGAAGUCGGGUUACCGUCUCGUCGGUGAUGUCGACUUUGAAGCUGCCUCCAAGGUGGCUUCUGCUAUCACUCCUGUUCCCGGUGGAGUCGGCCCCAUGACCGUCGCUAUGCUCAUGGAGAACGUCCUCGUCAGUGCUGAGCGCAGUCUCGCCGAUGGUCGUGCUCUCGGCAUUGGCCGUGGUGUCGUCCGUCCCAACCCCAUCAAGCCGCUCGCCAAGGUGCCUGCGGAUAUCGAGGUGGCUCGUUCGCAGACUCCCAAGCCCAUCACAACGAUCGCCCGCGAGAUCGGCCUCAUCUCGGCGGAGCUCGAGCCCUACGGAUCCGUCAAGGCCAAGGUCGACCUUUCCGUCCUCAAGCGUCUCGCGCACCGCAAGAACGGCAAGUACAUUGUCGUCGCCGGUAUCACCCCCACUCCUCUCGGAGAGGGCAAGUCGACCACCACCAUCGGUCUCGCCCAGGCGCUCGGCGCUCACCUUGGCAAGUCCGCCUUCGCUUGUGUCCGUCAGCCCUCGCAAGGCCCCACCUUCGGCAUCAAGGGUGGUGCCGCCGGUGGAGGAUACUCGCAGGUCAUUCCCAUGGAGGAGUUCAACCUUCACUUGACUGGUGACAACCACGCCGUCCAGGCCGCCAACAAUCUCUUGGCCGCUGCCAUCGACACAAGGAUGUUCCACGAAGCCACCCAGAAGGACGCUGCGCUGUUCGACCGUCUGUGCCCCAAGAAGAAGGGUGUGCGCACCUUUGCCCCCAUCAUGUUCCGCAGAUUGAAGAAGCUCGGCAUUGACAAGACCAACCCAGACGAUUUGACCGACGAGGAGAAGAGCAAGUUUGCCCGUCUCGACCUCGACCCGGAGCAGGUCACCUGGAGGCGUGUUACCGACACCAACGACCGAUACCUGCGAGACAUCACCGUCGGACAGGCUGCCACAGAGAAGGGCAUCACGCGCAGGACCGGAUACGACAUUGCCGUCGCUUCCGAGUGCAUGGCGGUUCUUGCGCUCAGCCGAGACCUUAAGGACAUGCGCGAGCGACUCGGCCGCAUGGUGGUCGGCACCUCGCGUGCAGGUGACCCCGUGACGGCAGACGACAUUGGUGUCGGUGGAGCGCUUGCCAUCCUCAUGAAGGACGCGAUCAAGCCUAACCUCAUGCAGACGCUCGAGGGCACGCCUGUGUUCGUGCACGCCGGACCGUUCGCCAACAUUGCGCACGGCAACUCGUCGAUCCUCGCUGACGCCAUUGCGCUCAAGCUCGCCGGUAUUGAGGAGGGAGAGCCUGUCGAGCGCACCGGCUACGUCAUCACUGAAGCCGGCUUCGGUGCCGACAUCGGCAUGGAGAAGUUCUGCAACAUCAAGUGUCGCGAGUCGGGCCUCGUCCCGGAUGCCGCUGUCAUUGUGGCUACCGUACGUGCGCUCAAGACGCACGGCGGCGGACCGGAGGUCACUCCGGGCAAGCCGCUGUCCGAGGUGUACCUGGAGGAGAACCUGGAGAUUCUCGAGAAGGGCUGUGUCAACCUUACCAAGCACAUUGCCAACGCCAAGAAGUUCGGGCUGAAGGUCAUUGUGGCGAUCAACCAGUUCACUACGGACACGCCCGCUGAGCUGGAGCUGGUGCGCAAGAAGGCGCUCGAGGCGGGCGCGGACGACGCCGUUCCUGCCGACCACUGGGCCCUCGGUGGUGAGGGAGCCGUUGAGCUCGCCAAGUCGGUCAUCAACCAGCUCGAGGGCACAGCGAGCCAGUUCAACUUCCUCUACGAACCCACGCUGCCCAUCACGCAGAAGAUCGAGGCCAUCGCACGCGAGAUGUACGGUGCCGACGGCAUCGAGCUUUCCGAAGCUGCCGAGAAACAGAUCCAGACCAUCGAGAAGAAUGGCUUUGGCAACCUGUCGAUCUGCAUGGCCAAGACCCACCUGUCGCUCUCGGCGGAUCCCAGCAAGAAGGGCGCCCCCACCGGAUUCACCAUUCCCGUCAGGGAGGUGUACGCCAGCGUCGGUGCCGGUUUGUUGGUCGUCAUGUGCGGCGCAAUGAGCAAGAUGCCCGGUCUCAACACCCGACCGGGUUACUACGACAUGGAUCUCACCGAGGACGGUGAGGUCAUCGGCUUGUCGUAG